AUGGAGAAUGAAAUUGAAAAGUUCAUGAAAGUAUGGAUUUUAGCCAUGUUAGGGUUAUGUUAUUGCUAUUACAUAACUUCAAGAAUACCAAAGGGCUUCUUCAAACUUCUGUCUUUGAUUCCCAUUAUUUACCUCUUCAUCACUCUUCCCUUCAAAAUCUCUUCACCUAACUUAGUUGGCUACACUUCCUUAUUCCUUGUUUGGCUUGGCACUUUCAAACUCCUUCUUUUCUCCUUCAACCAAGGCCCUUUUGCUCAAUCACCCCAAAACAUUCUCCAUUUCAUCUCCAUAGCUUCCCUCCCCAUCAACCCCACACAACAUCCAAACAACACCCAAAAGUUACCCAAAUGGCUUUUGGCCCGAAAAGUGCUUACUUUAGGCAUCACUGUACAUGUUUCUUCCUACAUUCAAUAUAUGAACCCUCAUUUUAUAUCAGUUCUCUAUUAUUGUUACUUGUACCUAGGCUUAGAGAUCGUGUUAGCUUUUAUAACUUUCACUGUUCAAACCGUUUUUGGCUUUCAAAUAGAACCACUAUUCAACAAACCCUAUCUUUGCAUGUCCCUUCAAGAUUUUUGGGGCCAUAGAUGGAGCCUUAUGAUUACUCGUAUUCUACGUCCAACCAUAUACAAUCUUGUAUGUCAUAUAUUUACUUAUGUUUUCAACCCAACGUAUGCCACGUCAGUUGCCAUGUUGGCUACAUUCCUUGUUUCUAGGCUUAUGCAUGAGUUAAUGUACUAUUACCUCACACGUGUGUCUCCCACGUGGGAAGUGACGUGUUUUUUCAUGCUUCAUGGUGUGUGCACGACGGUGGAGGUGGCUCUGAAGAAGGUGGCUCUUCGUCGUGGGUGGCGGUUACACCAUGCCAUGUCGAGGCCUCUUGUGAUGGUGUUCUUGGUUAGCACAUGUUGGUGGUUGUUUCUUCCUCAACUAUUAAGGAAUGGUGUGAAUAAUCAACUAUUAAGGAAUGGUGUGAAUAAGAAGGCCACACAAGAGUAUGAAAUUUUGGUGGAUUUUGUUGUGCACUCUCGAUUACCAUACAUAUAUGUAUGUCUUUAG